AUGCCCGAGGACAGCCAGGCCCUUCAUUUCCUGUCCCGGGACCAGGAGAUCGGGGUUCACAUGUCAGCUGACCUGCUGGAGUCAGCCUUGGGCCGUGUGGCCGCUCUGCGCAGCCCGCCGGCCGCGGUGACCGGGAGCCUGAGGACAACCGUGCUGUGUGGCCCGCAGCAUCAUAGCUGCUUUGCUUGCCGGCGGCUGGAGCUGCGUUGCUGUCGCGGACGUGACGUGCCGCAGGGAGCUUUAAGGCGUAAGGGAGGAGUUCAUACAAGUGCGCAGUGCCAGCUGCAGCAGUACGGCCCUUUGGCGUUCAUCCUUGGCGACAGGACGACCAAAAAGCUGACAGAACGCAGCAGAGUGAUAACCGUCGAUGGCAAUAUAUGUUCCGGGAAGAGCAAGCUUGCGAAGGUGGUAGCGGAGAAGCUAGGCUUGAGGUACUUUCCUGAAGCCGGGAUCCAUUAUGCGGACAGCACCACGGGGGACGGAAAGCCGCUCGACGUGGAGCUCAGUGGCAACUGCAGCUUGGAGAAGUUCUACGACGACCCGAAAAGCAACGACGGCAACAGUUACCGCCUGCAGUCCUGGCUGUACGCCAGCCGCCUCCUGCAGUACGCCGACGCCUUGGAGCACCUGCUGAGCACAGGACAGGGCGUCGUGCUGGAACGCUCCAUCUUCAGCGACUUCGUCUUCGUGGAGGCCAUGUACAGCCAGCACUUCAUCCGGAAGCAGUGUGUGAACCACUACUACGAGGUGAAGAAGGUCACCAUCCGGGAGUACCUGCCCCCCCACGUGGUCAUCUACGUCGACGUGCCCGUUCCAGAGCUCCAGAGCCGGAUUCAGAAGAAGGGAGACCCACACGAGAUGAAGAUCUCCGCCGCCUACCUUCAGGCCAUCGAGAAUGCCUACAAGAAAACCUUCCUCCCUGAGAUGAGUGAAAAAUGCGAGGUCUUAGUGUAUAGUGCGAAUGAAGCUCAAGAUGCGGAAAAGGUGGUGGAGGAUAUCGAAUACCUCAAGUAUGACAGAGGGCCGUGGCUCAACCAGGACGACCGUACCUUCCACAUUCUGCGGAUGCUGGUUCAGAAUAAGUUGGAGGUGCUGAACUACACAACCAUCCCGGUCUAUCUCCCAGAAAUCACGAUCGGAGCUCACCAGAGUGACAGAGUCUUCCAGAAGUUCGUCGAGCUGCCAGGCCGCAGGUACAGCCCCGGGUACAACGCGGACGUGGGUGACAAGUGGAUCUGGCUGAAGUGACGGCACGGCCUCCGCCAGAGCCGCUCCGUGGGACGCAGACGCCCGGCCGGCCGACCCGCACACUGUGGCUUUAGAACUGGGGGGAGUAGACGGUCCGAAAUCGCAGGGUGCGGCAGCGGCACAGAGCAGGUGCCCGCAGGGUCGUCGGGGUGGGGGGACCUCGCCACCUCACUGUGGAGUAAGCACCGUUGUCGCGAGGGGAGCGCGGUCUGCGGGAGAGACGGGCGCCACCGGCACAGCCCCCCCGGCUCCCCUCGCGCUGUCGGGCACGUUUGUAUGUCGCUCCCUCAGACUUGGAGAAAUACAGCAGCUUCUGUGGCGCUUC